AUGGAUAGACUGGAAGUUGGGGAAUUGGUAUUGGUACCCGCAAGCGGUAAUUCUCUCAAAUUUGAACGUGUAGAAAUGUUUUAUCAUAGAAAGCCUGAUGCAAAUGUAAGGGAGGAGGGAGGGGGAGGAUUUAACUUUUUAAUUUAA